AUGAACGGCAACGGCACAGCAAGGCCGAGCCCGAUGCUCGACUUCAAAGCCACACACCCGGGCAUCUUCACACAUGGCGCCCGAGGGUCGCCGUUGGCAGGAACAGAACACGAACUUCACAGGAGCAUUGUGCGGGACAUUAUCAAGAAGCGACGGGACCAGAGACGCGCGCGGCUACAGCAGCAGCAGCAACGGUGUCGGACGCACAGCAACGACACGACGCCGACGAAACCGACGCCGCCGAGCCGCAGCGUCACGCCCCUGAGGCGGCAGCCAAGCCAGAGCAGCAGCAAGCCUGACAGCCCGCGGUCGUGUGCCUCGUCCGACUUCUCGUCUGAGUAUUCAUCCGAUUUUUCGCCCUGCGUCUCGCCGCUGAUGGAGGACCUCAUGCUAGAGAUCAAGGAUGCGAUCCAGAGCAGUGGUACGCACCCCGAGCACGGCGCGUCGCCUAAGCGGUCCGCGUCGGCGUUCGACAUGGGCGACAUAUUCGAGCUGAUCGAGGAGGCCCAGAGGGAAUACGAGAGCCUGAGUCGUGAGUCACCUGCGGCGCAGCGGAGAAUCGAACCGCCUCGACAGCCGCGGUGGAGCUGGGAGAGCCUGCUGGACCAUUCGACAACGGAAGAGAGCCACUUGGCUUUGACCAGAUGA